CAACAAGAUCUAUUUGGAAAACCUAUACGAACACAAAACCCUUAAGAAAUCAACCCAGCGGGCACCUUUUGGAACCAUGGCUGAACCUGAAUAUACUAAUUAAAAUUGCAAUAAAGUUAUAUUCAGGAAAUUCGAAGGCAAUUGAAAGAUCUCUGAAAAUGCCACAAAACUAGUCUAACAUUAGCUGAGAAUCUUGAAUUGAAACAUUGAAAUUAAGCAUACUGCAAAAUAAGCGGAAGCGUUCGAUUUAACUUCCGGUAUGCAAUUCCAUUUUGGAAAUGGGAUUAAGCCAUUUUUAAUAGGAGUUUCAAACGAUAAUGUAAAUUCGCUGUUACUGAAAUGAGUCCUUUACGGGAAUAUUUAGAGAAUUAUAAAAUAGAUUAGUAAAUAAUGUAUAUGUGUUUACAUACAUAUAUGUAUUUGAUGCAUUGCUUUUACGUGGGACCAUUGUAAAUUGAAAGACAAAUCUCCCUAGUGCGAGUAUAUAUUUCAUAUAAAUUUUAUAUAAAUAUGUACAUACAUAUAUGUAGGUAUAUUACGCAUAAACAACAUUCCUUCGCUAAGUUUGUGGUUACACUAAUAACAGAUUAAUUGUUACCAACAAACGUUAAAUAGUUGGACAAUGGCUGAAUGCAAAUCAACCUUGGUUACGUUGGUUACCAAAAAGCCUAUAAAACAGUACACUGAAAAUAUUGAUAAAUCAACAAAAAUUAUAAUUCAGUAGAGUAGUACCUGAUACAAAUUAAAAAUAAACUUCAUACUUUUUUCGAUAAAUAGUACUACAUUAGUGAUUAACACUAUGACUACGCGGAUCAGUAGAUCCUAUUUACAUUCUUGCUUAAAAGUUCCAAUUGAUCCGUGUAAUAAUUGUCCAGCGCCAAUUUAUAAUCGUCCAAAGAUGUACCUGGGCCGCCUGACAACAACGCCAUUAAGUGGCACUGCGAAAACGGCGAAGACUGCCGAAUUUGAACCCGUAGACUCUGUAUUGGUUAACAGUGGCAUACGUUCCUUGGCGAAACUUUAUGAUAGUAUUCCAGAUUACAAUGACAUCAACCACUUACCGAACGAAGAAUUUUAUUCCACGUUGGACACCUUGCGAUCCACUUGCUGUGAGUUGCGAACCAAAUCUGCACAAUCGUGUAUAGUGGAGGAGAGUACAUCGAUAUCUUCUCAAUCUUCUCAUUGCGCCAAUAGAAAGCGGCUAAGAGCAAGAAAAUUGGGGAAGUAUAGACCUACAACUGGUAGUGCAUGUGGCAAAAGAAAAGCAGGAAAGUGUAAAGUACAAGAAGAAUUUACAAGAUCUCAAUGCAGGUUGGGAAUUCCUUUUGGGACUACUACCAAAAUAGAUUUAGCAAAGAAAAGCGUUGUAAAGAGCCAUAAAAAUGAGUUUGAUGACGAAAUAAAGGCAUUUCAAAAAACUUUGGAAGAUUUCGAAGCAGAACUCAAAAGUCGCCAUAAAAGUGCUACUUUGACCGAUAGCAAAUUGAAGAAUACUAAAACUGAACCUAUUGUAAAUAUAGGGAACUCUACCAAAUCCACGGAUAAGCUCCCUGUAACACCGGAAAUUGCUAAUUUUCGUAAUAUUUUUAAGGAAGCUAGUGAAAACGCACGUCCUUGCUCUAAAGCGAGUACUACGAGUUUACGAAAUUUUUUGAAAAAGUCUUACUCCUUCGAUGACAUCAAUAGAAUCGUAGACUCCAAGCAAAAUGAAAAUACAGAAGACAAAACCCUGUUAGAUAAACGAUCAGACACGCAUGUUCUUAUAAAUCGAACCCCUUUAAAAUUCAGUAGUUAUUUUUCGGAGAAGAUAAGCAUAAUAUCACCAAAAAAUAUUCCACCGAAAAUUGUUGUCGAGUCACCAAGUGAGCAAAGUAGUUCUACCAAAACUUCAGGUCGCUCAAGUAGUGGACGAAAAAAGAAAGGGAAGGAUAAGAAGCAACAAAAAGAUUUUCAAGUGCCAUUUUCAAUAUUCAAUUUGGAUACAAAAAAAGAAAUUAGAAAGCACAUCGCACCGUCACCAAUACAUCCGGUAGCCCGACCGAAUCUUGCAGCUACCUUAAGAGUUGAGGUCUCAAAAAAGAAACUGAAAGAGCUGAAAAACAAUUGUACUUAUUAUGACGACACACCACAAUUCGAUUGGGAAGUGAGAAAAACACCGGCAUGGAAGUCACUAUCUCUCAAUGAAACUCAUAAGGAGAUCAUGUCUAUGCGUUUGGCCACCCGCAAAGCGGAACAGGCAAUGCAACAACGUGAAUACGAACUUAACAUGGAAUUGAUGCGUCAAAGGGUCAAGUCGGCACCAUUACUUUUGGAAGGCGCAACAUUUUGGGGUCCUCAUAUUGGGAAACUAACCCAUACAUGUCAACGCGAUGGUGAAAGACACUGCUGUCAAUCUAAACAACGAAAAACGCGUAGCAAAAGCGCCGACAGUCGAAGAUUAUGCACCCACGAUGGUAUGGGUAGUCAAUCCAGUCAAAGAAGUAGUAAAUUAAAUUUCCUGCAUAAAACAUAUGGUGGCAGUUCAAAAGUACGCAGGCGAAGCUCUUCACAAACGCCUGUGAGAAAAAAUACUGCACAGCAUGAUGAAAAGCAACGUGAUGAGCAGCCGCCAAUAAUGAAUGAUAGUGGUGAUGAGCUGUCUAGUCUGGAUAGAGCUUUUUUGUAAAUAUUGAAAUCAAUAAUUAAAUUAUUUCUAUAUACUUAAAAUAAAGUGUAAAUGUUUAAUAAAAUAAUAUGUUGUCUUAAGGUAUCUUUUUAUUUAUGUAGCCUCAAUUAUUAUUCCUUCAAAUUUAUCUU